CAGCGCUGCCCGAGUUCCCGGCCGGGAGCAGAGGAAGGAGAUGGCGGGGCAAGGAAGGGACGCGGCCAGCAGCCCCGGCGCAGGGACCCGCCGCGGGCCGCAACGCGCCGCGCUCCGCUGCGCCUCGCAGUGUGGCAGCGGGAGGCGGGAGGCGGGGAGGGUGUGGAGGCUGCGGGCGGUCCCUGCCGGAGCCCCGGGGCUCCCCCGCCCCGCCCGGCCCGGCCCGGCCCGGCCCGCGCGGGGCCCCGGCUGUGAGAACGAUUAAUUCAAGAUGGCGCCGGCGCCCUCCACAACCACCCCCCCCGCGCGCCGCCAUUUUGUCUCCUCCUCCAGACACCUCCGAACCCCCCCCGGCCGGGCCCGGGGCCCCUCACCGGCCCCGCUCGCCCCCUCUCGGGCCCACAGCCACCCACCUCCGCUCCGCACUCCUCACGCCGCUCCCCCUGCCGCCCCGGGCCGCGCCGGGAGUGCGGGACCCGCCGGCGCGGAGCCCGCGGCCCGCUCCUGUGGCGGAGCCCUGGCGCGGCCUAGCUGCGGCCUCCUCGCGGCCUGCGCCGCGGCCUGCGCGGGCAGGGGGAGGCCUGGGCCGGGCGAGCGGCGGGGCCCGGCCCGUGGCUCUUACCUUGCGGGUGGCGGGCGGCGGCGCUCCCUCGGCGCGGCCUCUCUCAGCGCGACUGGGCCGAGCGCGGCGGCGGCGGCGGCGGCUGCGGCGGGGCGGGCGGGCGGGCGGGAGGGGAGGGAGGGGCCGAGCUCGGAGCUGAGUGGAAGCGGCCAAGCUCCCCGGGCCGGGCCCGCCGUCAGCACGUCACGUCACUGCCCGAGAGAGCCCAGGAGCAGGCGGAAGGGAGCGCGCCGCCGCCGCCGCCUCGGGCCGCCCGCCCGCCCGCGGGGGCCGGGGCGGCCGGGCGGGCCGGGGGCCUGUGUGCGGGGCGGGCGAAGCGGCGGUCGGGGCGACGGGGCGGGGGCGGCGCGGCGGCGCUCGGUCCCGCGGCUCCUCCUGCCGCCGCCUCCGCCGCGGCUCGGCCGCGCUGCGCCGCCCGGGGCUCGGCGUGCGCCCCCCGGAGCGCGGCGGUGCCCCGGGACCCCCGCCCCGCCCGGACCCUCCAUGCCGGGCCAGUCCCUCCCGCGCUCCGCCAGGCCUGCGGCCCGGCCCGGCCCCGCCGUGCGUUCCGGGGACUCCGCGGCCCCGCCGCGGGAUUGGACUCGGGGCUACGCGGCGGGGAGCGGGUUCUUAGGGUGCGGGCUUUUAGGGUGCAGGUUUUUAGGGUGCGAGGGCUCUGCGCUGGGGCGGACGCGGGCCGAGGGCCGCGGGUUGCGCGGCCUCGGGUCACCCUGGCGCGGGGCGCGGCCGCCGACGGGAAUUACUGGGAACAAGAAGGACAGCGGGAAGCAGCGGGGCGCGGUGCUGGACCCCCAGUCCCCACGCAGAACGGGGCCCCUCCACGCAUGGCGGGACGGCGCUGUCACUCACAUAACAGCAGUACCAGGGCAGGGGGGGGUCGCAUUUUGUGGGCCAUAGAAAAUUGGAAAUAAUGUGGCGUCGAAACCCAAGCCCUUCCUAGAAGUGUUCUCUCAUCCUUGUCAUGAAAGUUAAUCAAAAUUAAUUUAAUUUUUUUUUUAAGGAAAGAGUUGCUGUUCAUCCAUGAAAGAUGCAUCCUAAAGUUUUUGAGGCAUUAGAAAUUACGUGCCAUGAGUAACCUCAUGGAGAUGAGGAGGUACCUUCAGAUUGGUUGGUGUUCUUGUGUAGGGCUCGAGGAGGCUUUCUUGAGGGGCGUUCUUAACAUUUAAGUAAACUGGGAGGAAGUUGGCUGUUGCACUUAUCAAAUGAUGCAAAUGUGACUUAUCUGGCUGAGAACAGCAAAUGUGUGGUGUUUAUGUUGCCAAUGAACCUCCGUUUCAGCUUUGACUCCACUUUCAUUUUACACACUAGACUUUUCUAUCUUAACACACAGGCAUAAAAUGUAAUUUGGGCAAUGCCUGUAGUUUAUUUCAGUGUAGUGUUUGAUAAACAUGCACCCUGCAAGCUUUACCCAGGUGGGUUGAUUGUGGCUGGAUGUCACUCCCCUUCUCAGCUGGACAGGGGAGAGAAAGUAUAACAAAGGUUCAUGAGUUGAGAUGAGGACCAGAAGAGAUCAGUCACCAAGUACCUAAGGGCAAAACAGACUCAAAUUGGGGAUGUUAAUUGAAUUUAUUACUAACAAAAUCAGAGCAGGAUAAUGAGAAGUAUAUCAUGGCUAGGCUUUGCAAACGAAGAUUUGGGAAGGCUCUAUCCACAUUUGCUACAGGCACGCUGGUGGCUUAUGAGGCCAAUACGUGACAGACAUAUCCGAUUGCAAAAGGCACAGCAGAAAGACUCCUUAGGUGGUGUAUUCUGCAAUACACGGUUCUUUCUGCCUUGCCUUUUCUCCUCGAGAGUGAUCCUGCGUGUGUUCUCAAAGGAGACAGCUGCGUUAUAGAUGGUGUGUCUCCAGGCCUCCUGAUUUGAGGCCAGAGUAGACCAGUUAUGGUGAUCAAUAUGGCCAUGGCUGAGAUGUUGUUUCAGGGAGUCCUUGUAUCUUUUCUUCGGGGCUCCUCUCAUGCGGCAGCCAGUGGCAAGUUCACCAUAAAGCAAGAUCUUAGGGAGGCGGUGGUCCUUCAUCCUGGAGACAUGCCCUGCCCAUCGCAGCUGUGUUCUCAACAACAUGGCUUCAAUACUUGUGACUGCUGCUUACUCUAGAACAGAUGUAUUGGUCACAUAAUCUGACCAGUGGGUGUUUAAGAUUGUUCGGAGGCAGCGUUGAUGGAAGCGUUCUAGGAGACGCAGCUAACAAAAUCAGAGCAGGAUAAUGAGAAGUAAAGUAAAUCUUAAAAACACCUUCCCCCUACCCCUCCCUCCUUCCCAAGUUCUACCUCUUCCCCCUCCAGUGGCUCAGGGAGGCAGGGAAUGAGAGUUACAGUCCGUUCAUCACAGGUUGUUUCUGCCACUGCUCAGGGAGAGGAGUCCUUCCCCUGCUCUAGCAUGGUGUCCCUGCCAUGGGAGACAGUUCUCCAUGAACUUCUGCACAGGUUGCAGGGGAAUCUCAGCUCUGGCAUCUGGAGCACCUCCUCCCCCUCCUUCUCCACUGACCUUGGUGUCUGCAGAGUUGUUCACAUGUUCUCACUCUGCUCUUCUCUGGCUGCAAUUACAUCUAGGAAAUAAUAUUUUUUUCCUUCCUAAAUGUUAUCCCAGAGGUGUUACUGUCAUUCCUGAUGAGCUCACCUUGGCCAGCAGGGGGUUCAUCCUGGAGUCGCCUGGCAUUGGCUCUGCUGGAUGUGGGGGAAGCUCCUGACAGCUUCUUACAGAAGCCACCACUGUAACCCCUCCAACCAAAACCUGGCCAUGCAAACCCAAUGCACCAUAAUACUGAGACACCAUAAUACUUCAAAAAUUAUUUUAUUCAGUUCCAUGAAGAUUGGAGUUAAACUUUUUGUAGAAUCAAGCCCAGACCUGUGUUGCACGAGGGAGUCCUAAAAUAUUUACCCUAAAAAGAUUUUCCGAGCUUGACCUUACAUGUGAUACUAACGUAAAAUAGUCAUAAGUAAGUAUUCUCGUCAGGAUGGAAGAGGCUAAAGGAACAAGCAGAGAAAGAUGAUGGUGGAUACAUUAGCAACAGCAAGAUAAAUAUAAUACAGAAAAGUAAAAAAACGGGAAAUUUAUUUUUUUGUCCUUAUGUUUAAGACUGUGAAUUUAUUCAAAACAGUGGAACAGAUUUCCAAGAGAGAUUGUGAAGGCUCUGUCUUUGGAGAUACUCAAAACCCAACUAAACACAGCCUUGAGCAACUUGCUGUAGCUGACCCUGCUCUGAGCAGGAGGGUUGGAUGAGAAAAUCUGCAGAAGGACCUUCCAACUUGAAUAAUUCUAUGCUUUUUAAGCCAGUUUUUUCAACAAAUGUAAAGUGCGUAGAAAAUUAUAAUGAACAGCAGGAUGUCCUGUAAGCUCUUUGGUUCCAAGGACCUUUUAUUCUAUUUUUCAUUCACAUAGGGAAUGGAAAUUCAGCAUACAGGGCACAUUGCCCUCAAAGAUUCAGUGUAUCUAGUUGUCAUGUCGUUGCAGGGAAAGACCUCCAGAAAACUGUAAUGCCAUUAAAAGGCAAAUGGCUGGAUGUUUUUCAAUACCUGAAUCUCAACUUCUUGACUGGCUGGCCAUUUACCCUGUAAAUCUAUAAUGUUUCACCUCAACCUUGUCGUUCUUUACCACUCAGGAGCCAGAUACCAGCAGAUUUUGAGUCAUCGGCAUCAUUUGAGUAAUUUUGUUCUGAUGAAGCCAUCACCUAAAUGUUGUCCCCAGCCACUCUGGUUUCCAAUAGGCCACAGACAACCUGGUGUGAUCAGAAACAGGGUGACUCCCAUGGGUGCAGCUGCCAGGAAGGAAGCUGUGUUUGCAGCUGAUAUUCACAGCCCUUUCUGCUCCCACAGCCCACAGAGGUGUCCAAGGGCAGAACGCACUUGGAAACUGCAGAUACAGUAGGUGUGCUCGCACAACUUUGGAACAACACAGGUUAACUUGCAGGAAUGUUUUUGUAACUUGCACCUUUUGAAGAGUUCAGUAGGAAAAGGGUAAAACUAUAUUGUAACCAAUAAGAUUUCUGGCCUUGAUUAGUGGUUGGAUUGUGUCAGUUUUGAUACACGAGAGACAGAAUACAGCUUGUAUGUAAGUUUAUAGCUCAGUUGUUCAGUCCUGUGAACAAAACUGUUGUGUUCCACCUCUAAUUUUACCUGUGAUCCACUGUUCCUUUAUACUUUUCCCUAGAGUUUGUUUUGGUGUCACUCAGCAGUAGGUAUCUCUUUCUUCACAAAGGCAAAUGAAGUUGGUGGCUUUUGCUGAGUAUCCUCUUAAAAUUAUACUGGAACUUAGCAGUCAUAGUUCUGGAGAUACCUGCUCAUAAUUUCAUACUCGGACACUUAGUUAUCCCAUUGGCUAUUUCAAUGUUGCCGUCAGGUUCCAUCUAGGUGAUAGUAAAAGGAGUUGGUGUGUCUGUCAAGUCAUGAAAAACUGGUACAGCUGUAAGUCAGUGAGGCUGAUAAUCCAUCCAUCUCAUUGAUAAUGUACUUGAGAUUAAAUUGUAAAAAUUGGUAAAGAGCCAUUUUCAGUCAUAGUUCCUUCCUGUUUAUCUUGUGUCUUAUUUAGAUCCUUUUUGAGGUAUUGGCAACAUCUGUAGCAAACACCAGUGUGUGGACUAACACUCCCAGAUUUCUUGAGCUGAAGCUCCUGUUAAGCCUGAGGUUAUAAGAGGCUAAGUUGAGGGUUGUCAGCUUUAUGGUGCCUGGUUUAAAGGCCUUUGGGUAGAGAUGUGUUUGCUUCUUGAUCUACAAUGAAAUAGUUACUUUAUCAUCCAGUUAUGUGAUCCUGUUUUAGUAGCCACUCUUCAACCUUGAUGAACCCAUCAGGUGGCAAUGAAGGGUCAUUUUGAGUUGAGUCAAGGUUACUCCACUGUCCAGUAAACAUACUGAGCCUGAUGAAAUGAUCUUUUCCUAUUCUUCCUAUACAGCCACAAAAGUGAAGGGAGGUUGUUUUAAUUUCUCCCAGAAUAGUCCCCUGUUAAUAUAUUCUCAUGAAAAUGCUUGAAUAGUUUUUCUGUCUCCCAGCUUCUAUUUGAAACUCAGCUAUAAAAAGGAAAUACUGCCAUCUUAUCCAAGGAUCUAAUGUCUUCCAUAACAUUCUCUUUUAGUUGUUAAUAGUAUUGCACAUGCACCAAUGUUUACCCACAGUCAUUGGACUAAAAAGGAAGGAGUAAGAAGGAUUACCUAACAGUAGUAAAAGUGUUUACUUCAUGACUGUAGUAGCUGCUGACUUUCAUGCAUGGUGUAUUUGGGACAGUUACACUGAAAAGGAAUCCUUGUAAAAAUAUGUCCCAAAGCGAAGGAAGUAUGAGGGAUAAGAAGUCAUUCUAUUGAUAGUUUAAUCUGCAGGUCCAAAUAACCCUGGAGUCUUAAAAAUUAGUGUAACAAAGGAAAAGCUGUCAGAACAAAGGUCUGUUAGACCUCAUAAUCUGUUUCUGGACACUAAUAGGUAGGAAAUGCCUAGUGAGAAGUAAAGCUAUGGGGAAAAUGUAGAGUGAUACACACCUCAAAGUGCACUCCUGCUGGCCUUUGUCAGCAGAGGAGGUGGCUGGUUCAUUUACAACAAUAAAUGUAAAUCUAAAAAGGCUUAAGCCAUUUCAGAAAGGGUGAUAUCGGCCAGGUCCCAUUUGUCUAAGCCAGCCCAUCAUGUUAAAAGUCAGUCCUAAUCAAAAUAAUGGAAAAGAAAACAUGAUUUCUUUGAUAAGGAAUAAAAGGGUAGUAAUAUAACCAGAACCAGUACAUGUGGGUUAAGGAAAAAUGAUCUUGGGAAACACACCAAACUUCAUUGCUUGAGUAGGUGAGAAGUUUCAGCACAAUUGUGUAGAGGGAGCAGACUUCGGUAACGUGCUUCAUACUACACACACCAAGUCUCCCUUAGUUUCAAUAUCAUGUUAAAUGGCUUAAAAGUUGAUGGACUAACAGUUCUAAAGAAAUAGGUUAAAAUUGCAGAAAUAACCAAACAGUUGGAUUGUUUGCAGAGUUGGAACCUCAGUUAUGGCCCAACAGUUCCAUCGUGGUCUAGAAGUCAUAAUAGUGUUGCCACUGAUUUUAUUUGUGGCUGUGACAAAGUUGUUGGAGUGAGUACAUGAGGAAAAGACAAUAAUGCAGAACCAUCGCACAGAGUGGAUUACUUCAUAAAUUGAACAAUUUAAAUAAGUUGUGUCUUAAUGUGUCCAAUGCAGAAUUAUGUGGCUAGGGUUAAGGAAUGCAAGUAAUGUACCUAGAAGAUACUCCUGAAUCCUGGAAAGCAGAGACUUCAGAGAAGAAUAAAAGGAUGCAAUGACAA